GUGGGCAGACGACCGCAAGCACCUGGGCUCCACGCCGCGGCUGUCUCGGGGGAAAGGGAGGCGCGAGGACGGGGAGGAAGGGAUUGCCUUCGAGACGGAGGAGGAGCGACAGCAGUGGGAGGAUGAUCAGCGGCAAGCCGACCGGGACUGGUACAUGAUGGACGAGGGCUACGACGAGUUCCACAAUCCCCUGGCCUACUCAUCGAAAGAGUAUGUGCGGAAGCGGGAGCAGCACCUUACCAAGCAGAAGCAGAAGCGCAUCUCUGCGCAGCGGAGGCAGAUCAAUGAGGAUAACGAGCGCUGGGAAACCAACCGCAUGCUGACUAGCGGCGUGGUCCAUCGGCUUGAGGUGGAUGAGGACUUUGAGGAAGACAACGCAGCCAAGGUGCACCUGCUGGUGCACAACCUGGUGCCCCCAUUUCUGGAUGGCAGGAUCGUCUUUACCAAGCAGCCGGAGCCAGUCAUCCCGGUCAAGGAUGCCACGUCAGACUUGGCAAUCAUCGCCCGCAAAGGCAGCCAGCUGGUGCGCAAGCACAGGGAGCAGAAAGAGCGCAAGAAGGCUCAGCACAAGCACUGGGAGCUGGCGGGCACCAAGCUGGGAGAUAUCAUGGGCAUCAAGAAGGAGGAGGAGCAGGACCAGGUUGUGGCAGAAGAUGGCAGAGUGGAUUACAGGACAGAGCAGAAGUUUGCUGAGCAUGUGAAAGAAAAGAGCGAGGCCAGCAGCGAGUUUGCCAAGAAGAAGUCAAUCCUGGAGCAGCGGCAGUACUUGCCCAUCUUUGCUGUGCAGCAGGAGCUGCUCACUGUUAUCAGGGACAACAGCAUUGUGAUUGUGGUGGGGGAGACGGGCAGCGGGAAAACCACACAGCUGACACAGUACCUGCAUGAGGAUGGCUACACCGACUAUGGCAUGAUUGGCUGCACCCAGCCUCGCAGAGUGGCAGCCAUGUCCGUUGCCAAACGUGUCAGCGAGGAGAUGGGGGGGCGCCUCGGGGAGGAGGUGGGCUAUGCCAUCCGCUUUGAGGACUGCACAUCAGAGAGCACAGUCAUCAAGUACAUGACUGAUGGGAUCCUACUGCGCGAGUCACUACGUGAGGCUGACCUGGACCACUACAGUGCCAUCAUCAUGGAUGAAGCACACGAGCGCUCGCUCAGCACCGAUGUGCUCUUUGGGCUGCUGAGGGAGGUGGUGGCCCGGCGCUCUGACCUGAAGCUCAUUGUCACCUCGGCUACCAUGGACGCUGACAAGUUUGCCUCAUUCUUCGGGAAUGUUCCCAUCUUCCACAUUCCAGGCCGCACCUUCCCUGUUGACAUCCUCUUCAGCAAGACCCCGCAGGAGGACUAUGUGGAGGCUGCAGUGAAGCAGGCCCUGCAGGUGCAUCUGUCCGGGGCCCCUGGGGACAUCCUGGUCUUCAUGCCCGGGCAGGAGGACAUCGAGGUGACCUCUGAGCAGAUUGUGGAGCACCUGGAGGAGCUGGAGAAAGCACCGGCUCUUGCUGUGCUGCCCAUUUACUCCCAGCUGCCCUCUGACCUGCAGGCCAAGAUCUUCCAGAAGGCUCCCGAUGGGGUUCGCAAGUGCAUCGUGGCUACCAACAUUGCUGAGACCUCACUGACAGUGGACGGCAUCAUGUUCGUCAUCGACUCUGGUUACUGCAAGCUGAAGGUUUUCAACCCCCGCAUCGGGAUGGAUGCCCUGCAGAUCUACCCCAUCAGCCAGGCCAAUGCCAAUCAGCGGGCGGGCCGUGCUGGCCGGACGGGCCCAGGUCAGUGCUUCAGGCUCUACACACAGAGCGCCUACAAGAACGAGCUGCUGCCCACCACGGUGCCCGAGAUCCAGCGCACCAACCUGGCCAACGUGGUGCUGCUGCUUACAUCGCUGGGCGUGCAGGACCUGCUGCAGUUCCACUUCAUGGACCCGCCGCCUGAGGACAACAUGCUCAACUCCAUGUACCAGCUCUGGAUCCUGGGCGCCCUGGACAACACCGGCGGCCUGACCCCCACGGGGCGCCUCAUGGUGGAGUUCCCGCUGGACCCAGCACUCUCCAAGAUGCUCAUUGUCUCCUGCGACAUGGGUUGCAGCUCUGAGAUCCUGCUCAUUGUCUCCAUGCUCUCUGUGCCCGCCAUCUUCUACCGGCCCAAGGGCCGGGAGGAGGAGAGCGACCAGGUGCGGGAGAAGUUUGCCGUCCCAGAGAGUGACCACCUGACCUACCUGAACGUCUACCUGCAGUGGAAGAACAACGGCUACUCCACGCUGUGGUGCAACCAGCACUUCAUCCACGCCAAGGCCAUGCGCAAGGUGCGGGGGGUACGGGCCCAGCUGAAGGACAUCAUGGUGCAGCAGCGCAUGAGCCUGGCCUCCUGUGGCACCGACUGGGACAUCGUGCGCAAGUGCAUCUGUGCUGCCUACUUCCACCAGGCAGCCAAGCUGAAGGGCAUCGGGGAGUACGUGAACAUCCGCACAGGGAUGCCCUGCCACCUGCACCCCACCAGCUCCCUCUUUGGCAUGGGCUACACACCCGACUACAUCGUCUACCAUGAGCUGGUGAUGACCACCAAGGAGUACAUGCAAUGUGUCACGGCUGUGGACGGGGAGUGGCUGGCAGAGCUGGGGCCCAUGUUCUACAGCAUCAAACACGCUGGCAAAUCGCGCCAGGAGAACCGUCGUCGGGCCAAGGAGGAGGCGUCUGCCAUGGAGGAGGAGAUGGCCCUGGCUGAGGAGCAGCUGCGCGCGCGCCGGGAAGAGCAGGAGCGCCGCAACCCCCUGGGCAGUCUGAGUGCCAUGUUAAUUGAAAUUAAACAGCUGCCGCGUUCUGGCUGGGACAAAAGCGAAUCCUUUCUCGCUGCUCUCUGAUUUAAUGAAGACUGACGUGCUGUGAGAAAACAAAAGGCAAUUCAGCUGCCAUAUUUCACUGAAGCACACACAAUCACCAAUUAAAGGCAAAAGGAACUGUAAACCCGAGCCGGGACCGAGCUGGAACGGACAGACCCACUG